GAAAACCGCCAUAUUAACCAAACAAAAUUGUGCUAGCGUUCCCGGUGUUUUGCUGUGGAGUUGGUUCAUAAUUUUUCAGUUAAAGGUUGGUACCACUGCCGGUCGGGCCAGCCAUUUUGACAUAUCAGUGCGUCGUUUGUUUCCCGGUUUUUUUCUUGGGCCGUUGUUCACAAAUUUCCAAGUUUCCAGAAAAUGGGCAGGAAGAAGGUGGAAAGCUCAGAAAGUGAGGAAGAAUAUUCCGUUGAAAAAAUCUUGGACAGAAGGGUUAAGGACGGCAAGGUUGAAUACUUUCUGAAGUGGAAAGGAUAUUCAGAAUCAGACAACACGUGGGAGCCAGAGGACAAUCUGGAUUGUCCUGAAUUGAUUGCCGAAUUUGAAGCUCAAAGGAAGGCUAAAAUAGGACCAAAGAGCAAGAGGCAGAGGGAGAAUUCUACAUCUUCCAUGGAUUCCACUAACUCAAAACCUAAUGACAAGGACAAAAAGGCUGAAAAUGAAAAGAAGAAAAAAGAUAAAGAUGAAUCUGAAGAUUCUGAGUUAGAAAACUCAAAGAAAUCUAAACUGGAUGAUUCUGAUGAAGAUAAAUCUCAAAAGAAAAAGAAGAGAUCGUCAAAAGUAAUUAGUGACGAGUCUGAUUCUGAAGAGGAAAAGACAAGGAAGAAGAGGAAGAAGAAUGAAGACAAGAAGAAGAAAUCUGAUAAAAGCAAAGUUAAGGAUGACGAAUCUGAGGACGAUGACAAAAAGUCCAAAUCCAACGAGAGCGACGAGUCUGACGACGACAAAGCCAAAAAGAAGAGAAAGACUGACGACAAACGAAAAAAAUCGGAAGACAGUAAGUCAAAAUCUAAACAGGUAGAUUCCGAUGACGAAGAGGACGAUAAAAAAAAGAAAAAGAAGGAUUCGAAAAAACCACAGAAAAAGGAACUCGUGGGUUUCGAAAAAGGGCUGGUCGCUGAGAAAAUCAUUGGAGCAUCCGACACAACUGGACAGCUCAUGUUUUUGAUGAAAUGGCAAAAUUCUGUUGAAACUGAUUUGGUACCUGCGAAAGAAGCUAACAUCAAAUGCCCGCAAGUAGUUAUUCGAUUUUAUGAAGACAGAAUUGCUUGGCACUUACCAGAGGAAGAGAAAUAAUUUUUUAUAUAGAUUUAUGUUUAUAUUUCUCAAGUUAACAGCUCAUCUUACCAUUUAAGUGGUAACUAUUCAUUUUAUCAAUUUUCUUGUUAAGUUUAAAUUUGUGAUGGUAAGAUCAGCUGUUCAUUGAUUCGUUUAUAUUAAUUACUCGAUAUUUUUUUAAUUAAGGUACUUCUUACCGAUUAAUUCAGUAUGGCAGAUGUGUCACACAGAACGUUAUAAAUUUUUAUUAGAUUAGGACUAAUUUCAUUAAGUAAAUGUCUAUAAAUCUAA